AACAACCGCAAAGCAGCCGCCAUGAAUUUUGAGCGAGUGCUAAGGGAAAUCGGGGGCUUCGGCUUCUUCAACAAGACGAUCAUGGUCGGCACCCUCAUCUUGGGAACCUGGCAUACAACCAUGUGCUACUUCUUUCACCUGUUCAUACUCAUCGCCCCACCGAGCCAAUGGUGCUUCCUCAACGACACCACUUCGACCUUCGUGGACACGUCGUCUCUUCCGAGAGGAAAGUGCAUGAUGAUGGUGCCGUCUCCAGACGGUGGAUAUUCGAACGUCACCCUCCUUGAUGAAGACCGCGUGACGUGUCCAACUGGCUGGAAGUAUGACAACGAGGAGUACUUCACUACGCUAACAAUGGAGAACCAGUGGCUCUGUGGCGACAGCUGGAAGAUGUACGCCGUGCACACGGCAUUUUGGGCAGGGUCUAUGACGGGAUACCUUCUCUCCGGUUUUCUGGCUGAUAGAAUCGGGAGGAAGAAGACGAUUCUCAUGCUCGUUGCGGUCGGGGUGACGGGAAACUUCCUCGGAAUGUUCCUGACGGAUUUCAGCACCUACGCCGUGCUUCGUUUUCUCGCCGGAAUCGGAGCGUACACAGUCUGCACCACGGUCUUCGUGGUCGUGGUCGAGUACACCGUGUCGGACAGGAGGACACUCAUCUCUUUCAUCUGGGCCAUGAGUUGGACCAUCAUGGCAGCCGUGCUGCCCUGGUACGGGUAUCUCCUGCAGAGCUGGAGGAUGCUCGUGGCCACAAACAUCGGCGUGGAUGUGCUACUCGUCAUAGCGCUGUGGUGGGUGCCGGAAUCGUCUAGCUGGCUUCUUGCGGUGAACCGGACAAAAGAAGCGCUCACUAUUCUUCAGAGAAUAGCACGCAGCAACGGUAUAGAGAUGUCACAAGAGCACCUCGAGAAACUCUUGCAGCUCGGUCCGACGCCGGGCACCGAACUACGAGCAGCAACCGAAAGGAAAAACAUGAGUUUUACUGAGAGCACCCUAGUCAUACUAAAAUCUCCACGCAUUCGAAAAAUAACCAUCCUGAUCUACCUUUCCUGGUUCGUGGUCACUCUGUGCUACAACGCCAGUACCCUCCAGCUUGGACGACUCGGCCUGAACCUCUACUCAACUUACUCGAUCGCCAUCGCCUUUGAAUUCCCGGUGAAUGUCAUCUGCAUCCUAUCCCUGGAUAGAUUAGGUCGGCGGUGGCCCAAUGUCACGUUUAUGUUCUUUGCUGGCUCUGCCUGCUUGCUGAUGGGCUUCCUACGCACCGAAUCCGAGGUGUGGACCCUCGUCAUGGCAGUGGUGGCCAUCAUGACGUACGCGGGCACCUACAACAUCACCUACCAGCUGGCCACCGAGAUCUUUCCGACGGUCAUCCGGGGCAGGGUAGUGCUCCUUCAGAGGCUCCUGGGGGACAUCGGGGGCCUCAUGGGGGCCCAGGUGGCGUCUCUGGCGGAGUAUGACACUUACGCCCCAUUUCUUGUCAUGGGAAGCCUAUCCAUGAUAGCGACUGUGAUGCUGUUCUUGUUGCCGGACACUAUGAACCAAGCCUUGCCCCAAAGCAUCGAGGAAGGUGAAAAUUUCGCACUCGACCAAGCCUUGUGCUUCUGCCCGUUGUUUUCUUCGGGGCAAUUGGAAAGCAAAAAGCAAAGGACCUUACCAAUAACCGAACAAGCUGCCGACAACAAUGCAUUCGUGAUCGAUGAACCAGUGUCCUCCAUCUCGUUUGAAAGGAUACGAAGCGACUCCAACGUACCCCCCUCUUCUUCUCGCUUUGGAAACUGCUGA